GCAACAACUGUACUUACUUAUUCUUGGUUAUGGUUAAAUGUAGUUUGCUUCACGAGAUGCAGUUUUCUUGAUGAUUGUUGUUUAUUUUUUGUUUCUUGUAUUUUUGGUCGUCUCAAACUGUUAAAAUAAUUAACUAUUGACAUCUUAAUUUAAAUCAAGAUAUAUUUUGAAAAAUGUGAGACAUUUUUUUCCUUUGGACUAAAUAUUGAUUGGAACCAUUUUUCAGAUCUCUCUUUUCUCAAAUCAUCCUUGUAAAACAUUGACGAGGCUAACAAUUCAUUGGUGGAUGUUUUUUCGCUUACAAAUAAUAGAUUGUCUUUCCAAAUAAUAAAAAGUUUUAUCAAGAAUUUGAUUGGAUUGGCAUCACUUUUUUCCCUCUUCACCUUUGGAUCAAAGCAAAUGUACAGAAUGAAAGCUGCUAAUGAGUAGUAUGCUCAGUUUCUCGCAUGUCUUCUGUAUCGUGAGGAUUAACUUCUAAACAUAUUUUCUUUGACAAGAACAUUUCUCCUUUUCUGAUAUUAUAAAUUUUAAUUCUAUAUAUAUAUAUUCACAUAUAUAUAUAUAUUUACAAGAACGUACAAAAGCAAAGCAUUCAUGACUCCAACACAAAUGGCUCCUGGUCGUGGUCGAAAAUCUUCACUCGUCUGGUCCUAUGUUUAUGAAACAUCAUCUGACUCAUUCCAGUGUAUAUUCUGUUCUAGCCGAUAUCGUCGAAAUGCAACUCAAAUCAAAGCGCAUUUAAUCGAAAAAUGCAGUCUAUGUCCGGUCGAAAUCAAAGCAAACUUAAGUAAUGAAAAUGAAAGGUUCACGCAUAGAAGGCAAAUGGAAGCCGGUGAACUUGACAGACCUGAUGUGUCCGGAUUGUCUGCUCAUGAUAAACUUAUCAAGGAGUCAAAUAAGCGUAGACAACUUUCUUUGGAUAAACCACCAGAUAUGGGUGCCUCUUCUAGUUUUGCUGACAAAUCUGUUAAAGUUCACUUAGAUCCAGCUGAAGAACAAGAAGAGCUUAGAAUAUUAUUUGCACGUGCUGUCUAUAGUUCUUCCCUUCCUUAUCACUUUGUUGACAAUGAUCACUGGAAAAAGUUUUUUCACCGCCUUCGACCUGAUUUUGCAUUACCGUCACGAAAUGUUUUGAACACAACUUUACUUGACAAUGAAUACCGUCAAGUUAUGAGUGCAACCGAAGCUUAUCUUAGUAAAAGUGACUGUUUGACUAUUGCUCUAGAUGGGUUUUCUAGUGUUUUGAACAAUGACACUAUAAAUAUUAUCAUCUGUACUCCAUCUCCUGUUUUUCAUUCAUCCAUAGACGCUAAAAACAAUCAACAUACCGCUAAAUAUAUUUUCACCCUUUUGAAGCCAAUCAUCGAAGAUAAAGGAAGUGAAAACUUUGCUGCCAUAAUUUCAGACAAUGCCUCAGAGAUGAGAAUAUUAGGACAAGUACUACGCACUUCGUUUCCCCAUUUACUCACCUUUGGAUGUGCAGCUCAUUGUCUCAACUCUUUACUAGAUGAUAUUGCGAGAAUUCCUGAAAUAGCUCAAAUAAUGCAAGUUGCACAUAAUAUUUCUUCUGAAAUUAAAAGAUCUCAUGUUUUAAAUCCAAAGUUUCAAGAAAUGGCUGGAAAAUCGGCAGGAGUGCCAAACAGUGCAGUAAACAUGGCUUCUUUUUACUUCAAAUCUAGAUAUUCGUCUUAUCUGAACAUUAAUCAACUUUCCAUUGGUAAACAGAUUCUUCGUUCGAUGGCCAUGGAUUCAUCUGUUCCUUUCGAUGCAAGAAUUCGUGACAUCAUCUUAACUGUUGACUUUUGGGAUAGGAUCGACCAUAUUAAAAUGAUUUUUCAUACUAUUCAAGAGUACAUUAAUAUUAUGGAAUUAAACUAUAGUCCUAUUUCCGAUAUUCCUGAUAUGUUUCGUGGUAUCCAUGAACGAUUCGCUUCGUGCCAAGGCUCAACAGCUAUUUUUUCAGUGCUAAUACCGCAAAUUUUGCCACUUGUUGAGGAAAAAAAACGAUUUCUAACUGACAUUAGUCCCGCAUAUUUUUUAGCGAACGUACUGGACCCUCGAAAGAAAGGUACCACCCUAGCAGAGCCUGAGUUGCAAAGUGCGGAAAAAUUUUUAUUAGAUUAUGCUCGAGUUAUUUGGAAUAAUGCAAAAACGGAAAUUUUUGAUCAGUUAAUCCGUAGCUUUAGCAACUAUACCACCAAAACAGGCUAUUUUGAAUCAGAUAUGGUUUGGAAGCAAUCCGAGAUUGUAGGACCUCUUGAAUGGUGGAAAUUUAUUCGACGCCACGAGUCACAUCGUUAUCUUUCAGAAAUUGGUAUUAAGUUACUGUCAGUUCCAUCUUGUAAUGUUACAGUCGAUAAAAUGCUCAUGCAAAGAGGCCAUCAACCAGAAAAAAAGAGAAACCGCUUAGAUAAUCGAAACCAUAAAUUGAUUGCAAUCAGAAGUAAUGUACAUCUUCUUGAAACGAUUGUUCCAAAUCAAUACGAGCCAAAGAUAUCGCAUUCAUUACCAACCCCACUUACAAUUAUACCCGAUUUACCUUAUGGUUCUGAAUCAGAUCGGUCAGAGGCUGAAGAUUCAAACAUUUUGGGUAACGUUUUGACGGCAGAUGACUUCCAUUAUGAAUAUGACCAGCAAUCAGCAAUAAUAAGCACAAUGAACUCUACAUAAAAUUAUGAGAAGUCCAUUAUUAUUGUGUAUUUAUUAUACAAUAAGUUUUUCACUCCUUGGUGGAGUUCAUGAUCUUCUAUCUAUUCCUUUGUCCUACAAAAAAAACUUGUCAUUAUCAUUUGCAUACUACUAUUGAAUGAAGAGUAAUUUACACGUUCUUUUUAUAUAAAUUGCAUCUUAUCAUCUGUGAAACUGAAAAUAUCUGCUCAUUUAUAUAAGAUUAAUUUUGCUUUGUCAAUUGAAAACGUAAUCAUGAAAACAUAACGAAAAGCAAAAAAUAAAUCAAUAUAGUCGACGAAGAAUAUCGUCUUUAACCCAAUUCUUCUAUAUUUUAAUUUAAUUUUAUCUUUGUACAAAAAAGGUCAUAUAUUAUUUACAUUUCAUCACAUAUGCAUUUGUUUUUUAUUUAUAAUUAGAGUCUGAUUAAAAGAGAGCUUAUUUCAUAAA